AUAUGUUGAAUAUAAAAUCAUAAAUGUAUCAUAAUUUUCCGAUGCAAUUUUGUUUCAUAUGCAUCAAGGUUCCGGUUAAUUUCUCAAAAACAUGCUGAGAAGGCUGGGUUAAUUUCUCAAAAGUAGCAGCAGGUUGAGGUCUCUACCAGUUCACCUAAUGCCCCAACAGGCCAACUAUUGGAACAGGUGAACCCAACAAUAAUGUCCACAUCUGACUCGAUCCUUGUAGUACCAUCUGUAACCGAAGCUUUGUCCAAACUUGGUUAAGACUAAUUCCGAUCCCUCUACUCCAUCACCUCCAUGCAAUACACACCUUUCUCCUACUACACUACACACUGGACUUGCUCCACAGGUUAAAGCUUUGCACCAAACCCUCCUCCUCCGCCUCCAUUAAAACCCUACACAAUUGCCAAGCUUCUCCUCACAUCAUCUCAGUGGUCUCACCAUGGCUCCUUACCUCGCAGUCCUACUACUCUUGCUGCGCUUCUCCUCCGGCGCCCUGGCCGUUUCCUCCAGCUACAUCGCAAGGAGCACCGAGCAGCAGAUCAUCGCCACCGCACCGCCCGCCGCCUUCUCCGACACCACCGAUGCACAGAGCGGCGCCGCGCCUUUCCUUGCGUCGCCCUCCGGGUCGUUCGCCGCGUACCUCCGCCGCGGCAGCAGCUCCUCCGGCGGCAGCGGCGGGGACGACGACGUGUGCUACGUCGAGAUCGUCCAGCAGCCGGCCGGCGGCGGGGGCGGCAGCAGCAGCGUGUGGGAGUCGGACUGCACGCCGGUGGGCGCCGCCGACACGUGCGACCUGGCCUUCUCGCCCAUGGGGCUCGAGCUCUUCGCCGGCGGCCACUCCCUCUGGGACACCGGCGUCGAUUCUUCCGGCCCUGCGUUGCUGAGCCUCGACGGCGCGGGCGACUUGAGGAUCGUCAGCAAGGACGGUAUCACGGUCUGGCGGUCCACGGGAGACCCCUUCACGGGCCAGAGAUGCGGCGCGGCCGUGAAGCCUUCUACGGACGUGCUCCCGCCGCCGGCCUCGAGCACAGCGACCGGAGCGAAGCUCCUGCCACCGCCGGUGACGGCGGCGUCGAGUCUUGCUGGCUCUUCAUGGGGCUCGGACUUCACUUUCGGGGACCAAACGGCGCCUCCAUUGGACACAGACACGCCGCCAGCUGACGCUUACUCGCCUGGCAUGCCGGCUCCGCCACCGCCGCCGGCUGACCCGUCAACGGACUGGCCAGACCUGCCACUGCCUCCCCCGCCCCCGGCUGACACGUACCCGGUGGUUCCGAUCCCAGAGUCGCCAGACCAGCCCCUGUUCUCGAUGCCACCACCAGCACCGGCACCUCCGACUGCCUUUGUUCCCCAGACGCCAUCAUCUCCUCCUCCACCUCUCGCCACGCCCCCGCCCCCGCCCCCGCCGCUCGUGCCAUCUCCCGGCGCAAGCGGCAUCGCGACGCCACCAGAUUCAUCGGGCGACGACGGCACGGCGUUCCCGCCGCCGCCGCCGCCUGUCGGAGCGCCGCACCACGCGCGCCAGCUUCCCCUGGGAGCGGCGUCUCCGCCGGUUUCGGUUCCGGUUAUUCCGGGCGCGAUGGCGCCGAGCGCCGGUCAUGCUCCUCAUGGGCUCCCGUUCGGACAGGGGCAGGGGCAGGGAGUGUUCGGGCAGCAGCAGAACCAGGUGCUGAAUGGCGGCGCCGGCGCCGGGCAGCCGUUGGAGGACAGCGCCGGCGGGUGGUCGAGCAGGGAGCGCGGCGGAGGAGCGGCCGUGAUGAGUUUGAGCUUGGCUUUAGUUGGUCUGAUGGCUCUGGCUGUUGGCUUUUAGUCUCUUUCUCGUUUUUGUUUGAAAUUAAAGCUUGCAUCUCAUUUUCUCUGCCGCCUGGCUGGGUUCGUUCUGGAGUUAUGCUGGCCUUGUUCUUGGGACUAAAUUAAAUUAGCACGGAGCACUACUACUCUCUAUUUCAUAAAAAUUGUCACGGUUUUAGACUGAAACUAAUUCAAAACCGUGCCGUGGUCUGCUUUUAUAUACCUAAUCUACCAUGUCCAUGUAAUGCUUUGUGUUC